CUUCCUUCAUUCUCUAUCACAAGAAGUGGAAUCUGGUAAUUUUCCUGGUGUUCGUUCAGGUCGUUUGCGCAAACCAGAUUGCCGCCAUUUUCACCUCCAACGCUUGUCUCGCCGCGAUCAAGCUGUGUCGCCAGGCGAAGAGGACCUAAACCCCGACGACGACAGUGGUUCCAACGAACGCGAUUCCGACGAGCACGACGAUUCUUACAACCAAGACGAUUCAGAUUCGAACGAGGAGCCUUCUCCUGACCCUCAGCCAACACGUCCUCUCAGUCUGGUCAAUCGCCUCCUGAUUCAGGUUUUCACUGAACUCUUAGAGAAGAUUGAGGAAGUAUCAGCUGUCGCAAACAAACAACUUGAAGUAUACGCUCAAGCUCGACCUCAACCUUCCCCUUCCACUACCUUCACCAUGGCUGCUCAAGAGGAGCAGUCGCAGCAGCGCGUCUUCGUAGACGGCUCAUUUGCGGAGCUUGCGAAGGAGAUGGCCGAUUACUUGCAUGUCGGCGAAGAGGUCAAGCCUCUCUUGGAGAAGGAUCAGAAAGAUGAAGUACUAAAGAAGAUUGUGCUUGCAUCUCCCGCUCUCAAUGCAGUACCUGAGAAGGAGUUCCAGUCAGGCUACAACUUGCUGGUCUAUCUAGUCCUACAAUCAGACAACGCCGGAAUUUUCCUACCCCGCGUAUGCGAUAACCUCACGAAGCCUAUCACUUCUUCACCUGUUCACGGUCCCGGCCUAGCGCUUAACGCUCUUACUACUAUCUUCAAUCUGCUCAACCACGACAGUGAACGAGACAACGAGUUGCGUUACAAUGUCUUCAUGGCAAUUUUGCGAUUCGUCAAGAGCAAUGGCUUCUACGACACCCUUAAGAAGACUUUACCCGAAUUGAAGGGCUGGCUCCAGCACUGGGAGACUGACGAAGAGGAUCAGCGCAAGCUGUACAUUGAGGUUGCUGAGAUAGCUCAUGAAGCAGGUGACGAAGAGACCUCCUAUCAAUAUGUCCUCAGCGCUUUGCGCACUUUUGACGAGGACGAGACCAAGUCGGAAGAGUCUCAGAAGCUAGCCCUCCGCGCUCUAAAGACCGCGAUUCUGUCACCAACUCACAACGAUUUCCAAGAUCUUCUUGCCGUACCGGCUAUCCAAUCUCUCUCUGAAUCACAUCCUCUUUACCAUGAGCUCCUUGUAAUCUUUGCCGAGAAGGACUUGGAGGAUUACAAUGACUUCAAUGACGAGCAUGAGGGUUUUAUCGAGAAGGAGCACCUAGAUGGCGACAAGCUGCAGCGCAAGAUCCGAUUGCUCACGUUCGCUAGCCUUGCAGCUAGCACUCCUAAUCACGAGAUUCCCUAUGCCAACAUCGAGAAGGCAUUGCAGAUCCCAUCUGAAGAAGUUGAGAUGUGGACCAUCGACGUAAUUCGUGCUGGACUUGUGGAGGGCAAGCUUUCUCAACUUAAGAAGGUGUUCCUUGUUCACCAGACGUUCUACCGCGUUUUUGGCGAGAAGCAGUGGCGUGAGGUAGGCGAUCGUGUGGAGGGAUGGAAAGUCAUCAUCCGCAACGUGAUCACCAACCUGCGUAGGGAGCAGGGUAACGCCGAGGCGCAUAAGAGACGCGAAGUGGAGGAAAUUGAGCGACGCCUGGCGAAUGCGGGUGUCAGUGGCAGUGGUCCUUCUGGAACAGGCGAGCGAGGGGGUGGUGGUGGGCGCCGAGGUGGCGGUGACCGUGGUGAUCGCAGCGAGCGCGCGCCUCGUCGAGAGCGAACGGACGACGAUGAUUAGAUCAUCGUACGUCCCCUUUCUUGACGUUUCCGUCUUACGUUGGUUGCAUCGGCACGGCUUAGGCGUCUACGGCUUUCAUGGGCGAGAGUUUACAUCGGUUUCGAAAAAGGGUUUUCAAGGCAAUCAUGGCGAUGGUCCGGGAAUGGCACAGUGACGAUACGGUUGUGUGGUAUUCCACACGAUCUGCUGCUGUUGGGCGGUUAGCACCUUGCGAGGUGCUGUGUUGUGAUACGUUGCGAUGAAGUACGCGAUGAGAUAUGCCUCUGAAGGCCGCUCUGUCCCCUAGCUCCCAUGCUUGGAACAGCGGAUGACCAUAUUCAAGGUCGUCCUACAUAGGGUUGAGCCAUGCAUUCUCCGGCCCGCUUUCCUUUGUUCUCCGCUCAGAACUUGUGUAUUUAGAGGAUACAGAAAAGUUCUCUCAAGGGAAGGCGCUGAAUUUCUCCCGGAAUGGUAAAUGCAAAAGACUUACAUUAUUAAUAC